GAUUUGGGCAGCGUCAGUACUGUAUAGGAACUGUAUUGUUACGCAGAUCUGGCAAACCUUCUGUUGUACACUGAACUGUACGAAAGCGAGUAAACUUUUGCUGUUAUGGAUCGCUGGAAAGGCAGAGUUGCUCUUGUUACUGGAGCUUCCGUGGGAAUUGGAGCUGCAAUAGCCAAAUCUCUUGUCCAGCAUGGCAUGAAAGUGGUUGGUUGUGCCAGAAACGUGGAACAAAUAGAGAAAUUAGCUUCAGAAUGUGUAAAAAGUGGAUUCAGUGGCACUUUAAUUCCAUAUAAAUGUGAUCUGUCUGUGGAAGAAGAAAUCUUGGCCAUGUUUUCCUCUAUCAAAGUUCAACAUCAUGGCGUUGACGUGUGCAUCAAUAACGCUGGCUUGGCUCAUCCAGACUCUGUAUUAACUGGUAAAACCAGUGGAUGGAAAGCUAUGCUGGAUGUGAAUGUGAUCGGACUAUCAGUGUGCACUCGUGAGGCUUACCAGUCCAUGAAAGAAAGAAAUGUUGAUGACGGUCAUAUUAUUAACAUUAACAGCAUGUGUGGACACAGAGUUGUGCACAAUAGCGACGUUCACUUCUACACUGCUACCAAAUAUGCUGUGACUGCUCUCACAGAAGGUUUGAGACAAGAGUUACGAGAGGCUAAGGCCCACAUACGUGCCACGUGUAUAUCUCCUGGUCUUGUGGAGACAGAAUUUGCCUUUCGACUUUUUAAACACAAGCCAGAGAUGGCUGCUGCAACCUAUAACAAUUUAAAGUGCCUGGAAGCUGAUGACGUAGCCUCUGCAGUUGUGUAUGUACUGAGUGCUCCUCCACAUGUUCAGAUUGGUGACAUUCAGAUGAGGCCUGUAGAACAACUGACAUAACCGAAAUAAAUACAAUGACACUUCUUUCCAAAUAUAUUAAUAAUCAAAAUAAAAGUUUACAGAUUUUUAUGUAAUAGUGGCAAAACUUUUUUAAUUUGUUGUAAACAAUGUUGAUUUUGUAAAUUUGCAAUUUGUAAUGAAUUGGAUAUUGUAUUAUAUAAUGGAAAUGGAUUAACAUAAGGGCUAGGUGGGGCUGAAGCCACAGGGCCCAAUAGAUUAGGGGGCCUGUGAUUGUCAAGAAAUUGUCGAGUCAUAGGUGGUUGAUUUGUGAAUAAUAAAAUAACAAGAAGUUAUUGGAAAAUAUGACUAAUAUAAUUCACCCCCCAAUCAAAUUAACUCUACAAUUUGUGCCACAACGUUGGGAAACGCCUCUUUUCGUUAUGCUUUCAUGUAAAACAUUGGUAGGUCUAUAAAUCGCAUGCUGGCAUUAAAAAAAUGAUGAAAAAAGUGAUAGUGGUUCACAAAAACCAAUAGAUUUUUCAUGAUUACCUUUUACAUUUUUAUUUUAAUAUUUAAAACGGCUUCAUUCACUGUUGCUAGCACUCAGCGUCGCCUCUCGUGCGCGCACGCUCUCUCAUGCUGUGUACGGCAACUCGACAGUGCAUCUCUCACACUUUCUUUUACUGUCUAUGCUCUCACAUGACACUGAGUGAAAGAAUUAAAAGUUGGCGGUGUUUUUCAUGUGCGUUCCUCUGUGUACUUGUAUUUUUCACAUUAACGUCAACAGUUAUUGACAGAGAAGACGGCUGAUCGAGUUUAUCAUGACUUAUUACACGGCUCUCUGGAAUGCUUGAUUUUGAUUGGUCAGUUGAGACAUUUGCAGGUUCGAUCUUUUCAAAUAAUAUCUGCUCCAAAGUAAUAACGCAUAGCCGGUACUACUUGUACGAGUAAAAUCGCUCCGCGCCAAUAAAGAUCAAUAAAGAUUACUGUUUGGCGCCAUCUUGUGACAAACACUGGACAACCACGACAAGACACAGAGAGCUUACUGAGACUGAACUUGACAAAAUAGAGCAUGACAGCUACGAAGCCAACACACAAAAAAAUACAGAAUGGGCAUUCAAACUUCUCAAAGACUGGUUAAAGAGAAAAAAUGGAGACAGACAAAUAUGAAGUAGAGGAUUUUAAUAAGGUAUUACGAUCAUUUUAUGCAUCUGUGCAAAGUUUCGCGGAAGGAUAAAAAUGUUAAUUUAAAACAAAUAUGCCAAUAAAAUGUUUCAAAUUCAUAUUCAUGUCCGGUUUUUUUCUUAUGUGACAAGUAGCCGUGUAAUAAGCGGGAUAAUGUAGAGGCAGC